AUGGCACCCGGUGAUCCAGCGGACCCCCUCCAACACAAUGUUACCGUCACACCGGUCUUCGGGCCGUUUGCCGGCCGCCGGGUGGACUUCACUUUGCAGUUCCCUCCGGACUAUCCCUUCCGCGGGCCGCGAAUCCGCUGCCGCCAGGCGAUCUUCCACCCAAAUAUCGAUGUCGGGGGCGGGGUUUGCCUGAAUAUCCUCCGGCUGGAGUGGUCACCUGUACACACCCUCGAGCACCUGCUGGUCGGCCUGCUGAACAUUAUGACGGAACCAUACCCGGAGGACCCACUCAAUAAGUCCGCCGCGGACAUCAUGCUGCAGGACCCCCGCCGGUAUGUGGAGAUCGUCAACCUCACCAUCGCCGGAGGAACCUUCGACGGGGUGGCUUUCAGUGCGCUGGACCGUGCCUAG